AUGUUGGACCCUUCGUCCAGCGAGGAGGAAUCCGAUGAGAUGGUGGAAGAGGAGAGCAGCAAGGAAGUGCUGGCCCCGGCGGCUUCUGGGGCACGGCUCUCCCCCAGCCGUACCAGCGAGAGCUCUGGGAGUGGCGGCGGCUUGCAGCCCAGCAGCCGGAGUGGCAGCAGCGUCCGGCCUUCCAGCCCCAGCCCCUCGGUGGUGAGCGAGAAGGAGAAGGAAGAGCUGGAGAGGCUGCAGAAGGAGGAAGAAGAGCGGAAAAAGAAACUGCAGCUCUACGUCUUCGUCAUGAGGUGCAUCGCCUACCCCUUCAAUGCCAAGCAGCCCACCGACAUGGCCAGGAGGCAGCAGAAGAUAAGUAAACAGCAGCUUCAGACUGUCAAGGAUCGCUUUCAAGCCUUCCUCAAUGGAGAAACGCAGAUUGUAGCAGAUGAAGCUUUCAUGAAUGCCGUCCAGAGUUAUUAUGAGGUAUUUCUGAAAAGUGAUCGUGUUGCCAGAAUGGUUCAAAGUGGUGGUUUCUCAGCUAAUGACUCCCGGGAAGUCUUCAAGAAACAUAUUGAAAAAAGGGUCCGAAGCCUCCCUGAGAUUGAUGGCCUCAGCAAGGAGACUGUCCUAAGUUCCUGGAUGGCAAAAUUUGAUGCAAUAUAUCGAGGUGAAGAGGAUCCUCGCAAGGCACAAGCCAGGAUGACAGCGAGUGCCGCUUCGGAGCUUAUUCUCAGCAAGGAACAACUGUAUGAGAUGUUCCAGAACAUCUUGGGGAUCAAGAAAUUUGAGCAUCAACUGCUGUACAAUGCUUGUCAGCUGGACAAUCUAGACGAACAAGCAGCACAAAUCAGGCGGGAGUUAGAUGGUCGUCUCCAAAUGGCAGAUCAGAUUGCCAAGGAGCGCAAGUUUCCUAAAUUUGUAUCCAAAGAAAUGGAAAACAUGUACAUUGAGGAAUUGAAGUCAUCGGUCAAUUUGCUAAUGGGAAACCUGGAAAGCAUGCCAGUGUCCAAAGGUGGCUCCGAGUUCAAGUUACAAAAGCUAAAACGGAGCCACAACACCUCCAUCAUUGACAUGGGAGAAGAAAAUGAAAACCAGCUUUCAAAGUCAGAUGUUGUGCUGUCCUUUUCCUUGGAGGUUGUCAUCAUGGAAGUUCAGGGUCUCAAAUCCUUAGCACCCAACCGCAUUGUAUAUUGCACAAUGGAAGUGGAGGGGGGAGAAAAGCUACAGACAGAUCAAGCCGAGGCAUCAAAACCGACCUGGGGGACUCAGGGUGACUUUACCACGACACACGCCCUUCCAGCAGUGAAGGUGAAGCUUUUCACCGAGAGCACCGGUGUGCUGGCUUUAGAAGACAAAGAACUCGGUCGGGUUGUUCUUCAUCCUACACCGAAUAGCCCAAAGCAAUCAGAGUGGCACAAAAUGGUUGUCUCCAAAAACUGCCCUGAUCAGGAUCUGAAAAUUAAACUUGCUGUCCGAAUGGAUAAACCUCAAAACAUGAAGCAUUCUGGAUAUUUGUGGGCCAUUGGCAAAAAUGUCUGGAAGAGAUGGAAGAAAAGGUUCUUUGUGCUGGUCCAGGUUAGCCAAUAUACAUUUGCUAUGUGCAGUUACCGAGAGAAAAAAGCUGAGCCUCAAGAGCUGUUGCAGCUUGAUGGAUACACAGUGGAUUACACAGACCCACAGCCAGGUUUGGAGGGUGGCAGAACAUUUUUUAAUGCAGUGAAAGAAGGUGACACAGUGAUUUUUGCAAGUGACGAUGAACAGGACCGUAUCCUGUGGGUCCAAGCCAUGUACCGAGCCACUGGCCAGUCCCACAAACCUGUGCCACCCACUCAAGUUCAAAAGCUUAAUGCUAAAGGCGGAAACGUGCCCCAGCUAGAUGCCCCAAUCUCUCAAUUUUAUGCAGAUAGAGCUCAAAAACAUGGCAUGGAUGAAUUUAUCUCUUCCAAUCCCUGUAACUUUGACCACGCUGCGCUCUUUGAGAUGCUUCAGCGCCUCACUUUGGACCACAGACUUAAUGAUUCCUAUUCUUGUCUGGGCUGGUUCAGUCCUGGCCAGGUAUUUGUGCUAGAUGAGUACUGUGCACGUAACGGAGUCAGAGGCUGUCACAGGCAUCUCUGCUACCUCAGUGAUUUGCUCGAGCGAGCAGAAAAUGGAGCGAUGAUUGACCCUACCUUGCUUCACUACAGUUUUGCCUUUUGCGCAUCACAUGUUCAUGGCAACAGGCCUGACGGAAUAGGAACUGUUACAGUGGAAGAGAAAGAACGGUUCGAAGAAAUCAAAGAGAGGCUGCGGUUGUUAUUGGAAAAUCAAAUCACACAUUUUAGGUAUUGCUUCCCAUUUGGCCGACCAGAAGGUGCUUUAAAAGCCACACUUUCGCUCCUGGAAAGGGUUCUGAUGAAAGACAUAGUUACUCCAGUCCCUCAAGAGGAGGUAAAAGCCGUCAUCCGUAAAUGCUUAGAACAAGCUGCAUUGACUAACUAUACUCGGCUAUCAGAGUAUGCCAAAAUUGAAGAGAAUCAAAAGGAUGCAGAAAAUGUAGGUCGGUUAGUCACACCUGCCAAAAAGUUAGAAGAUACAAUUCGCUUGGCGGAACUGGUAAUUGAAGUUCUACAACAGAACGAAGAACACCAUGCAGAGGUGAGUAUUUCAAAAGCUGAAGCCUUUGCUUGGUGGUCAGACUUAAUGGUCGAACAUGCGGAAACUUUCCUGUCCUUGUUUGCGGUGGAUAUGGACGCUGCACUAGAGGUCCAGCCCCCAGAUACCUGGGACAGCUUUCCACUCUUCCAACUUCUAAAUGAUUCCCUUCGUAGUGACUAUAAUUUGUGCAAUGGAAAAUUCCACAAACAUCUUCAAGACCUGUUUGCCCCACUUGUUGUUAGAUAUGUCGAUCUCAUGGAGUCCUCAAUUGCACAAUCAAUUCACAGGGGCUUUGAGCGGGAGUCAUGGGAGCCAGUAAAGAGUUUAACAAGUAAUCUGCCCAAUGUGAAUCUACCAAAUGUGAAUCUCCCCAAAGUUCCAAAUCUGCCAGUUAACAUCCCACUAGGCAUCCCCCAAAUGCCUGCCUUUUCCGCACCGUCAUGGAUGGCUGCUAUAUAUGAUGCUGACAAUGGAUCAGGAACGUCGGAAGAUCUGUUCUGGAAACUUGAUGCCUUACAGACCUUCAUCAGGGAUUUACACUGGCCUGAGGAAGAAUUUGGGAAACACCUAGAACAGCGCCUAAAACUUAUGGCUAGUGAUAUGAUUGAGUCCUGUGUGAAGAGAACCAGGAUUGCUUUUGAAGUAAAGCUGCAAAAAACAAGCCGAUCAACAGAUUUCAGAGUCCCUCAGUCAAUAUGCACCAUGUUUAAUGUUAUGGUUGAUGCCAAAGCUCAGUCGACAAAACUUUGCAGUAUGGAAAUGGGCCAAGAGCACCAGUAUCAUUCAAAAAUAGAUGAACUAAUUGAAGAAACCGUCAAAGAAAUGAUAACGCUCCUAGUAGCAAAGUUUGUCACAAUCCUGGAAGGAGUCUUGGCCAAACUAUCCAGAUACGAUGAAGGGACAUUGUUUUCUUCUUUCCUGUCAUUUACUGUGAAGGCAGCUUCCAAAUACGUGGAUGUGCCCAAACCAGGGAUGGAUGUUGCUGACGCCUACGUGACCUUCGUUCGCCAUUCUCAGGACAUCCUGCGUGAUAAGGUCAAUGAGGAGAUGUAUAUAGAAAGGUUAUUUGAUCAAUGGUACACCAGCUCCAUGAAUAUCAUGUGCACCUGGCUGACAGACCGCAUGGACCUUCAGCUUCACAUCUAUCAACUGAAAACCCUCAUUAGGAUAGUAAAGAAAACAUAUAGAGAUUUUCGAUUGCAAGGAGUCCUGGAUUCCACCUUGAACAGCAAAACCUAUGACACAGUGCGAAACCGUCUGACUGUAGAAGAAGCCACAGCCUCAGUAAGUGAAGGAGGAGGGCUUCAAGGGAUCACCAUGAAAGACAGUGAUGAAGAAGAUGAAGAGGAUGAUUAACUCUCCAGAUUUAGAGCCCCCCCAACUUGGAUAUAGCCUGGAAACCAGUGCAUGUAAUCUAGUCUUUCAGUUAGCCACAUUAGGAAAUUUUCUGUCUGCUCUAAAUGCCCAUGGAAAGUCAACCAAUACAAUUGCCAUUUUAGCUGUGUGGUACUUAAGAUUUAGCACCUCUGUUUCGAUCCAUUGAGUUUCCUAAUUUCAUAUCUAUAUGUUCAUAAGCAAUAUGGAGCACCAUUGUUUAAAACAGUUAACAGAAAAAAGAAAUCUGCAUAGCAAACAUGCUAGAUGUGUCCCUGUUAUAAUUAAAGUAUAAAUGAUGCUUCAUUAAUGUACUGUAUAUACAUUGAUGGUAAAUUGUUGUGAAAACAAGUGAAACAAGUACUUUCAUAUCUUUGUUUCUCUCCUGUGGAUGCCAACUGCUUCAAAACAGAGUGAAGCUACUACAAAUGACACCUCUUUUGUACAUUUGGGGGUGGGGGGAGGAAAUUAGUAAACUGGAAGCUGGGAUUAUUCCUGUUUAAUAUACCCAAGCACUUUCCCUCCAAUAUAUACAGCUAACUUUGUAGAAGUGACAUACCAAUGGAAUAAGUCAUCCAUAUUGCCACAACAGGUUGACCUUUAUCACCUUGUCCACAUUAUGAUUCAGAGCAAUUGUUUUAUGUCAGUGUCUUACCCCUCUAAAUGUUACACUUUUGUUCAGAGUUCUGAUAACUGUGUUUGUAAAAAGGACAACUUUAAUUACAAUCUUAGACUAUACAGAUGUGUUUAUAAUAAUGAGGAUAAUAAUAACAAUAAUAAUAAUAAUGACAAUAUAUGAACAUUUCUUUUAGUAGAUUGUAACCAUAAUUUAAAUCUCCUUUUGUUUUCACAAUGGUUUUUAUAUCUUGUCAUGUACAUUGCAUUUGGAUCAGUAACUUGCAUGUCCUUGGGUUCCCCCAUUCCCUUCCAGAAGCUUUUAUUUUCUGUGUAAAAUAGUGGAUCCAUCUUGCUUUUUUGCCUUAUACAAG